AUGGCGCUCCUGGUGCUGCGCGGCUGCGCCGCGCCAGCCGUCCACGCGGCUCCGGCGGGGUCCCGGCUGCUCCCUCCACCGCCGCCACGGCGGCGGCUCGUGGCCGUCGCCUCGGCUGCCUCCUCCUCGCCGUCCGGCGAGGUGGCGUCGUCGUCCCAGGACGUCCGUGGCUACGGGAACGUGGGCGGGCCCAACGGCUCCGCCGUAACGCCCGCGACCGCCACCAAGUCCACCGUCGUCGAGACCACCGUCGAGAGGGUGAUCUUCGAUUUCCGGUUCCUGGCACUUCUCGCCGUUGCCGGGUCACUCGCCGGCUCCAUCCUGUGCUUCCUCAAUGGCUGUGUCUUCAUCAAAGAGGCAUACCAGGUUUAUUGGUCGAGCUGUGCUAAGGGGAUUCAUACGGGGCAGAUGGUCCUCAAAGUCGUAGAGGCCAUCGAUGUGUAUCUUGCUGGAACAGUCAUGUUGAUAUUUGGAAUGGGUCUUUACGGUCUCUUCAUCAGCAAUGCAUCCGCAGAAGUUCCUUCUGAAUCCGACCGUGCCCUGAGUGGAUCAUCGCUGUUCGGGAUGUUCGCUUUGAAGGAACGCCCGAACUGGAUGAAGAUCACCUCCCUUGACGCGCUCAAGACAAAAGUGGGGCAUGUCAUCGUGAUGAUUCUGCUUGUGAAGAUGUUCGAGAGGAGCAAGAUGGUGACAAUAGCCACGGGGCUGGACCUCCUCAGCUACUCGGUUUGCAUCUUCUUGUCGUCAGCUUCUCUGUACAUACUGCAUAUGCUCCACAAGGGCGACCCUGAGGACUGA